CUCAGUAGAGGUUGACUACAGAUGUUUUCCAGGUGUUUCCAAUCCUCUGACCUGAUUGUUCAUGCUGCAUUGUUCUACCUGGACCAUUGAGAUGUACAGGAACUAAUUGUCAAUGGGAAAGGAGCCAGGGAAAUGUAAAAACAAAGAAUGUACAUUUCCUUUUGGUUUGUUGGGUUCCUGCUUGGUUUGCCCAACCAGAAAUGCACAGGGGGUAGGGGUGCCAUUGGCCAGGGAAAGGAGCCCGGCUGAGACUUUUUUUUUUUUUUUGAGUCAGAGUCUCACUCUUGCCUUGCGUGUAGUACCCUGGCAUCAUAGCUCACAGAAACUUCAAACUUUUGGUCUUGAACCAUCCUCUUCCCUCAGGCUUCAGAGUAGCUGGGACUACAGACUUGUGCCACAAUGUUGGCUAGUUUUUCUUUCUUUUUUUUUUUUUUUUCUUUUGAGACAGAGUCUCAGUGUGUCACUCUCGGCAGAGUGCCGUGCUGUGACAGCUCACAGCAACCUGAAACUCUUUGACUUCAGCGAUUCUCUUCCCUCAGCCUCCCAAGCAGGUGAAACUACAGGCACCCACCACAACACCUCGCUAUAUUUUUGCCAGGAGCCAAAAACUUAAUGAACCCACUAUGAAAAAUUACUGCAAUUAAGUUAGGUACAAUGAAAGUUACAGCCCGUAAACAUUUGCAGGCGAUAAGAACAUUCUGACCGUUGGCUCCAGGAAAUAAGGUUACCACACCUGCUACCAGGAAUUCCCCACCCACUCAUAUCUCAUACCCCCGAGCAGACUUCCUCCUUUGCUUGUGCUUAAAUAGCUGUUAAAAAAUAAAGUUUUUGGAGCUUGAUCAGAAUCCUGUCUUGCUCUCGUUCCUUGUGUCUCUUGUCUUUUUCACUCCUUCACCCCCUAUCCUAGGUCCCUGUUGAAUUAGCCUCGCAGGCCGGGGCAACUGGCACCCAACGUGGGGCAAUUUGGGUCUGGGUUCCGAGAGAGCGUUGCUUCCUAAAGGCUAGCCGCACCUUGGACCACUGCUUCAAUGGAGGAGCGAGUGAAGAUCCGCACCGUGAUCGCCACAGAGUCACCCUCCUGUGAGACAGAUCCGAUUUGGGAAAAUGAAAGGACCCUGCACAAUGCUGCUAUUCCUGUUAAUACUUUUCCCAGACCAAACCUCUUCAACCUCGAACGACAAGUCAGUUACCAACCCAUUCGCUUGGCGCUUCUUCUUUACAGAAAACUACACAUCUGAGGAACCCAGGAAUACAGAGCAAGCUGGAUCUCAUCUAGAAUCUGCACACAUGACCUGGCCUCCACCUGGAAUUCAGAAGAUAAGGCCGGACUUUGAGACAAUCUCACCUGAAAAGAAAUCGCAGACUAGGAAAAGGAGAAGACACGGCUGGUUCUCAGAUACAUAUAUCAAAGGACUUCCUGCCUCUAAGCCAGACCUGAUCACAUGUCCGGAACAAAAUAAAGAGCCGUGGAAUGUGAAGAGAGAGGAGGCAACAGCUAUAUACACCCAGGCACUGGGGAAAUGUAGGGUAAAGGGUACACACCCAGGAUCUUCUGCUACUGGACCUCUCAGCAGCAAAAUCUCUGGAGGGGAGAAGAGGACUGUGCCAUCCUCCACUACUGACACUUCCAGGAUUCCUCAGAGCUCCUUGUUAGCCCCCUGGGCUUCUUCAAACCCUUAGACCCUUACUGCUUUGGGGUUUACUU